GCCACACGAAGACGUGAUGGACGUCCUGUUGGGCGACGAGUGUCAGGACAUUACUCACGAGGAAGAGAGCGUAUUGUUGCAGAUGAACGACACGUCUUCGCCGCUGCGGAAGACAGUGGUGGAGACGACGGCGGGAACUGAUGGCCCGAUGGCUCGCAAACUCAUUGUCUACGAUCUGAACGACUCGCAGGACUCGUCUCAAGACGCGGACGAAGACAACGCCAGAGAUAAGUUCCGUACGGAGAGG